GUAAAAUCUUGGAGACAUGAUUUAAAAUGGUUCUAAAGGCCCAUCAUCUAAACAACAACUUCAAAUUUGGCAGCAUAGCUAAUUAAAAUAUUUUGUUUUGCCUUCCCAGCAAGAAAUUAUGAUGCGGAUAUUUGUUGGGAAAGGCAAUUAACAUGAUUGAAGGGUUAGUUGGAGGUAGGCAGUUAGAAUACAUGGAACUAUCACUUAAACCAACUCCUAACCUUCAAUCAUUCUUUCGUGUUCUUACAAUAAAAUCCAUUGAAACCAACUACUUGAACUGACAUGCAGACCGCAGUAUCAGCAGUUCUGAGUGUGCAUGAAUAGGGCAAGGCACAGACUUGAGAGUACCCAUGAAUCAUAACCAAGAACAAGACGAGGGGAGUCUCCAUAGACCAGGCAUUGAUGAAAUGCUAAUGGCUCCAAAAAUGCCCAAGGCAGUGACACCUGUGUCUGCUGCUGAGAGAGAGAAUAUUAGGCGGCCUCGAGGGAGGCCUACAAGCUCCAAAAGCAAACCAAAACCACCCAUUAUCGUCACUCGUGACGGUGCUAAUGCAAUAAGAGCCCAUGCAAUGGAGGUGAGCUCAGGCUGCGAUGUGCUCGAGAGUAUAGUUAAUUUUGCAAGGAGAAAGCAGCGCGGUAUUUGCGUACUUAGUGGGAGCGGGCGUGUAGCCAAUGUUACACUCAGACAACCAGCUUCAUCUGGUGCAAUUGUUACUCAACGUGGCCGGUAUGAGAUUCUCUCCUUGCUUGGAUCAAUCCUGCCCCCUCCAGCCCCACCUGGGAUUACCGGGCUAAUCAUUUACCUCGUUGGGGCUCAGGGACAGGUUGUGGGUGGAGGAUUAGUUGGUCCACUCAUUGCUUCCGGUCCUGUUCUCAUCAUGGCUGCAUCCUUCAUAAAUGUUACCUUUGAUCGUCUACCAUUGGAUGAUGAUGAAAUAGCAGCAGAUAUGCAGAAUCAAUAUCACCAGAACGGUAGGAAUCAUCACCCCGACAUUUCUGAUUUUUAUGGAAUGCCGCAGAACUUGAUCACCGAUGGCACAACGCCUCCUGAGAAUGAGAUAGACUCCUUGGCACCAGUACGAACUACGUCAAAAAACUUAACCUGAUUAGCCAGCAAUUCUUUGGAGAUUCUCACAUCCUCCAAAUAUCGUCAUUUAAUGUUAUUAUUUAUUAAGUUUUUCUCAUAGCAGUACCAUCUUCACAGCUUCAGUUUCUGAUCCACAUGGAAUUAGUGCUUCUUUUUCUCUGUAGCAUUCAUCAGCCAAGCAAAGAUUUGAUCUCCACCACCCAUCUUCUGAAGUAUCAGUAGUUACCAACUUACUGUGCACUUAAAUACCAAUAGACAUAAGAUUUCAUCUCAAAUAAAUGAAAUUAUUGCUAUUCUUUUAUCACCAAAUAGUUGGGAACCAUGUAUUAAUUGCAAAAGAAAGCUACUUAUGAUAGGAAUCAACAAUUUGUA